AUGGAAAAUAGAACAUAUUUUUACUUGAUGUUGUUUGAAAAUAUUGGGUAUAUAAGAUAUGCUUUCUUCAGUUUGGGAUUUGUUCUAUUUUGUGCUAUUGUAUUCUUUAAUACCCUUAUUAUCCUUGUAAUAUUUCUGGAAAGGACAUUGCACCAUCCCAUGUACAUUCUAAUAUCAUGUCUGUCCGUCAACUCUGUAUUUGGAACAGCUGCUUUUUUCCCAAGGUUACUGACAGACUUGCUGUCAGAUACACACUCAGUCUCCCGAGAAGCAUGUCUCUUACAGGCUUUUUUCAUUUAUUCAUAUGCAGCAAAUGAAAAUACAAUAUUAAUGUUAAUGGCAUUUGACAGAUAUGUAGCAAUCUGUAAACCAUUACAAUACAACAACAUAAUGACCCCCAAGGUUUUAUCUGUUUUAAUAGCUAUAAGCUGGAUUUAUCCAAUGAUUUGUCUUGGUAUUGCUGGUAUAUUAAAUUCCAGACUGACGAUGUGUGGUAACAAACUGUGGAAGGUGUAUUGUCACAACUGGGAAAUUGUCAAGCUUACUUGUGAAAACACUAUUGCUAAUAAUGUUUUUGGUUUUUUCAAUGUGACCACAACUCUCAUCAUGCCAUUAAAUUUUAUAUUAUAUUCUUAUGCUAAAAUUCUUAUCAUUUGUAGAAAAAGCUCACUGGAUUUCAGGAGAAAAGCAUAUCAAACUUGUAUUCCGCACAUAGUGAUCCUUUUAAAUUUCUCAGUUGCUCUUUUUUGCGAGGUCACUUUGAGUCGGUUUGCGACUUUGGAGCUUCCUAUAGGGCUGUCGAUCAUUCUUUCACUAGAGUUUCUUAUAGUACCACCCAUCCUAAACCCUCUUGUUUAUGGUUUGAAUUUCCCUGAAAUUCGCAAAAAAAUUAUAUGGAUUAUAAAAGCUUCCAAAUAGCUGUAAUAAAUAUAUUUUUUAACAAUAUUUAAUGAUUGUAUGAUUGUAUAUCAUGAUGUACAUUACAUUUUAUGAACCUGUGAUCUUGAGACUUUGCAUUUUACUGCCAGUAAAUGUUUGCAACAAUUAUGUAUUUAUUAUACUUUAAAAUUUCUUACUUAGCCCUGAUAACUUUUACAUAUAGUAUAGCAAUGCAAUAGUAAGUGAACAACAACUUCCCCUUUUCAGAAACAAUAUGGAUGUUUGUAUAACAAAACAGAUAUAAACAUGUCAAGA